GGAUCCCUGCUCUCUCCCCGGAGUGGCGCGUCGGGGGCUCCGCCGCUGGCCAGGCGUGAUGUUGCACGUGGAGAUGUUGACGCUGGUGUUUCUGGUGCUCUGGAUGUGUGUGUUCAGCCAGGAUCCGGGCUCCAAGGCCGUGGCCGACCGCUACGCUGUCUACUGGAACAGCAGCAACCCCAGGCAGCCAGACUGUUCCUGCGAUCUUUGGAUUUUUAUGAAACUUACUGCUGGAGAAAUAGGAUGCCCUGCGCUCAAGAACUCUUGUAUUUGACUUUCAAACUUAUAAACAUAUUAAUUAUACACAUGUUGAUGUUAGGAGGAGAAAUGGAUCAUAAUGUCUAGCUGAGAAAGGAAACAAAAUUUGUCAGGGAACACGUAUUUUAAUGUGAUGAAACCUGAGUAUCACAUUACUGUCAAAGAGCCAUUUUCUUGUAGAAUUGUCUGAUGGUUAUUCAAACCAGGUUUUAUUUUGUAUGUUUGUAGUUAUUUAGGUACAUAGCAAAUGUGCUUGUUAUUGUUUUAAAAUUGCAAUCACAUACUUAUAUAAUUAUUAAUAACAUUGUUUUACUUCUAUAAACUCCCUUAGGUUAAAAUAAAAAAAAAAAAAGAUUUCAUAAGGGAAAUUAUCAAUGAUCUUUAUGUGCCAUGCCCAGAAAUUUAGGGAUAUCUGAGGUCAGCAAUAGAAAUAUUGGGAGUAAUAUUAGUAAGACCAAAAUUAUUUCAAAGAGCACUGCUACCUCUGCGUAGCAGACUUCCCUUACAAGUUCAGUGUUUUAAUACUUAGAAUUGCUAUCCUCGUGGGAGCACAGGGCUUGUCUUCACUGCUUUCAUAUCAUUUCAUAGAAAAGCAGGCUUCUUUUGUCUUGCUAUAUUGGAAGUUAAGAUUUGUCAAAGGAAUGAGCUUGCUAUAGUUUGUUUCAAGUUUAAAACUUUGUAAUUUAAUGUUACUUUGCUUCUGUGUCUCAUGAAUGAUUAAUAGUUACAAGUUCUCUCCUGUUCCCUGUUUUCUUUCUUGGCAUAAGGUAGUCAAGAAGUUUAAAUUUUGAUGACAUACUUAUUGAUACUUUGUAUUAUUAAAUAAUGAAUUCCUUAAACUCCUAUGCAUCAAUUUAAAAUCCAGGCAGAGACUCAUUUUAUCUAGGUAUACUGCGUACUUUCUUUGCCAGAGAGUAUGUUGAUUGAUCAAACUGAGUGUACAGCAAUCCAUAAUUCCUGAAGAUUUUGAAAUGAUUGGAUUGAGUUGCAUUUUUAAUGAUUUAGCUUUUAUUAAUAUGGAAAAAAAAUGUAAAAAUUAGAGCUGAACAUAUUGUACUGAAUAUGAAGAAUGUACACAAACCUAACAGAACUGGCCAAUUCUGUGCUACCUUUUACUUCAUACUUUUUUGAGAUAGGAAUAGUUUAAUUCAUUCUGUGCUUCUUCAUGAAUAUUAAAUUGUAUCACUUUCUCUCUACAUUUUUAGAAAACAGCAGGGUACAGAAAAUAAGAUUAUUACCCUUAAAUAGUAAAAUUGUCCUAUGCUAGAAUUUAAAAUUUUGUAUAAUUGCAAAUCCUCUUCAAUUUCUCAUUAAAUGUUUUAAAUUAUUUGGUUCUGUCCUUAUGGAAAUAUUAUAAAAUGUGAAUGCAAUCUAUAUUUAUUACUUAAGAAUAGCAAAGUCUAUUUAUUGAUUUGAUGGAAUAAGGACCUUUCCAAUUGGUAACUGCAGACAGCUAUGAAUUUCUUUCCUGAAGUAUGUAAUAGAAAUCUUUAGUAAUCUUGUUUAGUAAUCUUGUAAAUAAUCUUAAUUAUUUUAGUAAGGUUUCUCAACUGUCACUUUGGUUUAGUUUUAUAAUAAUUGAACUUUUUAAAAAGAAAAAAAUGUUUAAAUCAAGUGGACAAAUAUUAUGGGUAAGUCAUUUUACUUUUUAAUAAUCAGAGCAUGUCUGCCUUAUCGCCACAACAUGCACAGUAACAGGAAAACUCCAGUGAUUCUAAUACAGUUUUGGAAGCAGCUCUCUAUCCCCGCUCCCAAUACCUGUCUCCUAGCAAGCCACUUCCACUGCCGAGAAGGGAGUGUUUAUGACAUUUUCCCAGGAACUUGCUUCAGCACCAUACAUCGGCCUUCCCAAUCUAUUUCCAAGACAGUUGGCACACUUUCUAGCAUUUAUCAUUCCGUGCUCUAAAAUUCACGCGAGUUGGUACUUACAACUUCCAUUUUUGGACACACUCAGAUUGACAUCAUAUGUAAGAUCUGGCCUGGAGCUCAGCCAUAGAGCAUUGGUUAACUUCAUGCAGCAUCCUUGAGUGCCAUUCUAGGUAGAGCAGGCAAACACUGGGGAGCUGGGCUCUGAUAGGAUCAGGGCCCUGUUCACAAGAUAUACAGGGGUCACAUUAAGUGGAUUUGCACUGCAGCUGAUAGGGAGUUUUAAGACUGCAGUCAUCAAUGUUGGAAGACAAUUGGUUUUUCUUGUUAUAAAUUGCUAAUUAGUAUUGAAAGUCUAACCUGUUUUGUUGAACAACCUCCCUUAUUUUCUCUGAGAAAGUGGCUUGGGCAGUAAUCUAUUUACUCUAUCUCAACACCUCUCUUUCCUGUUAAAAUAAAAUCUAGAAACCUCUUGGGACUCCCCACUGUUGAGUUCUGCUUGGAAGGAGCUUUAAAACAGUGGCUUCACACUGAAGUCAAUAUUGACUGGGUCUAGGGCUGAGCUCUGCUCAAAGCCUCCUAUUGUUCCUCCUUAGUCAGCACUCCAGCGCAGGAUGGAGUAUGCAUGUGUUAGGGGGGGAAGAAAGGCUGUGGAGGGAAAUUAACAGGGCCCACAGCUGAACUCGUAAAUGCUCCAUACAGAGGAGGGGGAAGCCCACUACAAAGCCAGCAGGAGCUUAUGCUGGGUUACUGAGAAUUUAGGAGGCUGAAGUGCAGAAUGACUGGCUGGCUUGUCUGUUUCAGAGAAGUUUACGGGACAUGAAGCUGGUUGUCAGGUGGGUCUUGCCUUUCUCUGAGUGAAACUUUCAUAGCUGUGAGGCUGUCCUCCCAAGGGGACAGGAAGGAAACACAGCAUUCUGGCGAUCUCAAGGGAAAUAAAGGAGCAGCCUGGGUUCCAGAGUACAGUGCUUCCUCCCUGGUACCUGUGCGAUGCUGCUUUGCCCUGCCCUCCUCCAGCUGUCAUGUCAGAUUAUACACUCUCCUGGGUCUCUUAAGUGCUUUGGCAUCCCUGGGGUGUCGGAUGGGUGAGGGAGAGCCGUCUGCCAUCUGAAAUGAAAGUUCCCAAGUUCUGAAGGGAUGUCCUUAUUGUAUGAAAAAUUUAAACUUUUUCUAAAGGAAAGAGAAAAUUAAGUCACUUAAAUAUGGAACAGAUUCUCUUGUUUAAAGUGGUACGCUGUGAGUAAAAGCUGUCUGUAUUUUUACCAUUUAAUUCAGGAACCCAAACAAACAGCUGGCUGACUUAUGUUUUAGUGAAAACCAUCCCAGUACAUUUGCUAACUGGAAAAGUAAACGUCCUUAAAAAGAAAUUCUCAUGUGUCUUGACUGCAAAGUGAUUUUUUAAUAAAUACAUAGUAAAACCUAGUGUAUUUGGAUUUUUCAUUUCCACUGAUGUGUCACUUUAAAUGCGUAGUCUUCCGUGAUGUUUGAUGUGAAUGUAUCAGUGCUAAAGACCACAUGCAGGCAAAUACCAGGGCAAUUAGAUAUUCAUUCACUGCCAAGGCAAUCACUAAACUGUUCUGCCUCACUAACGUAUUAGAACAAAUAAUGUCGCAAUAGAGCACAGAAUGCUAUGGACAGAGGGAGAAAGCACAUCUGUUCAAGGGUAUCAGGAAGUACUUCCUGGGAGAGAAAUAAUUUAGUCUAGGACUUGAAUAAUGGACAUGAUUUAAUAGAGACGGAAGUAAUAGGAGAAUAUUCCAGGAAUCUGAAGCAACAAGAACAAAGGUCUGUGGCUAUAACCUUACAGAUUUAGGAGAAUAUGCAGAAAGUAAUUUAUUCAGAGUGAAAGAGAUCUAGUGAAAAUAUCUGAAGUAUGGGUCAGAAAAGUGGGCUGGCCUUAUCAGAAAGUGUCAGUGUAAGGCUGUGCUUUUGCUUUUUAAAAACUGCAUUUUUUAAGAGCAAGUUUUAGUUCACUGAAAAAUUGAAAGGAAGUCACACAGUUAUGUUCUGCCUGUAAAAAUGCAGGAUACAUUGGUAAUAUUGAGAGGGAGGAUUCUUCCAAUAUAUAAUUCUUUAUAAUAGAUGGACUAAUGGGGUCCUAAACAUUUAUCUUGUAAAGUUAACUGUUUUGUAAAGUACAGUGUAACUGUUUUUGUAAAGUACAGCUGGACACUGGUAAAUGUUGAAGACCUUCAAAUGGAAUGUUUUGUAAGUGGUCAGAUGGUGGGAUGAUUAAAAACUCAGCACAAUUUUAAUAUUUCCAGUUGAAACCUAGGAUGCUCUGUUUUAUCUGCAUUGCUUCUCUGACUUCAGGAUUAAGCAGUUGUUUGCAAGUAAAAUACUGUUCACAAAACAAAGAAAAACCAGCAGAAACUUAAUGUGUAAAACAGAAAACAAACCAAACCCCAGGUUAUAUUUCAGAGAUGGGGUAUGGGCACUGCCCACCUCUGUUGGGCAGGUUCUGAUGGGACCAUGAGGAGCUUUUGUAGCAUAGCUUGAGUUAUAGCUUAAAAACUGGCCCACAUUAGAGUGAAGGGCUUGGCCUUUCCUCUGGGGCUGGCACGAGCAAUGUUUAAAGAGGAUUCAUAUUCUAUUGUAUAUGCACAGAAGUGCUUGUGUUCCUCUUUGGGAAUUAAUGUGGGUAGCUCCUGUUUAUUGAGCACAUACUGUAUACCAUACAGGAUGCUUUAGAGAAUUUGCAAUCAUUAUCAUUUAUUUAAUCCUGACAAGAGCUCUUAUGAAAGUGGUGUUAUAAUGAUUCUUGUUUUACAGAUGAGAAAACUUGAGUUUUGCAUAUUUUAAACUAGCCGAAGACCACUUAGCCAGUAAGUGGCCCUUAACCGCUCAUCUGGGCUCUGUAGAGUGACAUACUUAGUCUAACAGAACUCAGUGAAAUAUUGAAGUGUGACCUUGGGACAAUUUCUGAGGAGACACAGUGAAGAAUGAUAGGAACUAUAUGCUAAAAUGAAAGGAAUUUUAAACCUGCACAUUUUUAUUCUUCCUUGCUAAUGCAGAGUUAGCAAGCACAACUAUUACAUCCAAGCAAAUAAUUAGGACACCCAGCAGUUAAGUGUUUCACGGACCCCUUUGGAGCUAAUUGUGAGGCUGUAAUAUGUACCUAUGAUGGGAUGGCAGAGAUGUCUGCACCCAGCCAGCCUCUUCCCCUGCAUUUGCGUGAGCAGCUUCCCGAGAGCUGCUAAGGUAGAGAGCUCUUUUGGAAGAUAUUUGGAAGAGAUUCUGGGUACUCCUUGAAUAAAAGUUUGAGAACUUAACAAUCUGAUAGGACGUUUUCUCCUGUUUUUAAUCUAAAUUCCUAUACUUUAACUCAGUUUUGGUUAGCAUGCAUAGAUUUACUUAAAAUUUUAAGAUACAGAUAUUUAGCAAUAGAUAAUCAUUUUUUUAGGUGAUAGAGAUUAGCUUAUGUAUGCUUGACAACCCAGGUCUGUUAGGUAAAUCAUGUGCAUAGAACAAAUUAGGCAGUUCAUCUCUCCUGCACCUCCCUUUGUACCUUUGCAGUGGAAGUUGUUAUUCUUCGUCAAAUUUAGCUGUUUGUAUGAAAAAUAUUGAUAUGUAUGAAUGCUUUGUGUAAGGUGUCGGCAUCCUUGUAGGUGUCCCCUUCCCAAUAGUAGACUGUAAGAUUCUUGAGGUCAGGGGUGUGAGACACGGCCCUCAAAGACUGGUCUGUGAUGGUUACGCAUUGAGCAGGGCUCCAGGAUAGUUUUUGAAGUUAAUCAACCUUUUUAUGUUUCAGCUUCCUCUUCUGUAAGUAGAAAUACAUGCUUAUCCAAAAGAGUUCUCAAUGGCUAAAUUGGUAUACAUAAAGCUUAACAUAAGACCUUGUAUGUAGCAUGUGGACAAUUAACAUUAUUAAUACUCAAGUGAAUUUUUGUAUUUUUUUUUCCAAAUGUACAACAAAAUCUUACAAUGAUACAAAGAUAUGUCAAAAUGAGAGGACAGUCUGACUUUAGAAUUGGAUGACCGGGGUUCAAAUGCUAAUUCUUUCCUCCAAUCUUCAGUUUUCAUUUAUAGGAAAUAGCAUGUGUUAUUUGCUGAAUUGUGAUUCAAUGAGAAAGUAAAUGCAUGUAAAAUGCCUGGUGUGUAAUGUGCCUUCAGUGAGAUCUAGGUGUCAUUAUUAUCCUGAUUCAUUAAUUUGGAGAAUUAAUCGUUUGUGUAUUGAUUUUGUUUCCUUGGCUGCCAUUGCCAGUGUUUGGAUAACUUAAUUGAUCUCAUGUGCCAAUUGUGUGAAAAUUUUCCUUUUUGGUUUUGUCAGUUUGAAAGAUGAAGUAACAUCUUUUCACAAAUUAUCAAGACCCAGAGUCAGGUGAUGGGGUGGUCACUUUUUCAUUUCUUCUAGUUGUUCAACCUUAACCAAAUCAUCAAAUGCCCUGGGACUGUCUUUUUCAUCUUUACAAGGUGAUUGAAUUAGUUGAUCUUUUACGCGAGAGCUUCUGACUCAGAAGAUCUGGAAUGUGUCAAGGCUUUGACACUAUUAACUGUUUGACCUUGGGCAAGUCACUUAACCCUUGGUCAAGAUGAGUUUCCUCAUCUGUGAAAUGAGGGGAUUGUUGUCCUCUACAAGGUCAGUUACUACAUCACGACCCUAUCAACCUUUUAUGACAUCAUGAUCCUAUCAACCUUUUUAACUUUCUUGGUUAAAGCAUAAUUUACUUCUGUGGCUCCCAGUUUGAUUUUAUUAGUGCAGAGCACUUGGAGAACACACAGGCUUUAUUUUAUUUUUUAGUUUCAAAUAUGACUCAAGAUUUUUUCGAAAGUAAUUUUUUGUUUUACUUUCAAACAUGACUUUAAGGAUUUAUAGCCUUAAAUUUACAUUUAAUCAGUAAGAAAAAUAAAAUAUGAUAUGCAUUCAUCUAUUCUAAGUAUCUAGCCACUUUUAUCAAAGUUGAGUGGAGUUCUGAAAUUUGUUACAGUGAAAUUUUGAUUGAAUUCUGUCUGAUUAAAUUCAUAAUUUAAAAUGGUUCCAAAAAUGAAGAAUAGUAUUUUUAAAAAUUAAGUACUUCGAAAGAAGAAAAGCCAGAAUUUUGAAUUAAAAUAUUUUACUCCCAGCCAUAAGUUGAUUUACUAAACUGCUUAGUUUUCAUUUAUUCUUCCUUUUCCUUGGGAGGAGAUAAGAAGCAGAAUAAGGAAGAUCUCUAAAAUAUUGGGCAAAUGUAAAAGUAUUGGAAUUCAGCAUGUAAGUACACAAUAUAAAUCUUAUAGUUAUGUAAAUAUGAUUCCACGGUCAUUCUUUAUCCUAAUUUUAAUAUGGUUUUUUGAAUUAUACACAUUUCUUUUUCAAAUAUAAUUAUUAAAAAUGUAUAAGUAAUAUGAUAAGUUAUCACCUGGGAUGGACAUUUCAAAACUUGUUUUAAAUAUCUGUGAAAACCUCGGUAAGUUCAAGAUGUCAGUUUUCUCUGCAAGAAAGAAUUCAGGAAAAUUCAAUUAAAUUUUAAAGUAAAUUAUUAAACACAUCUGUAUCAAGAGAAUGGUUGAAUAAAUAACAGUAAAUAUAUAAUUAUGUAUUAUGAAUAAUUAUUAAUCUAAUCCACCUCUUCAAUGUAUUCCUUGCAUUGGGCAGUCCUGCUUACUGAAUUCAUUUAUUUGGAGAUGCCUGGCCCACUUUUGGGUCUAUUUUCUUAGCAGUUUUUAGUCACAUUAUUCCUAAUUGGUUCCAUGGGUACAGUGGACUGGAUUCACCUCAUUUCCUGUGACAGUGGGGUUUUGGUGGAUUAAUCACAGUCACAAAGCACAAAGAUGUGUUUUCUUAGAGGUUAGGUCUCGUUCUUACCCAAGUAAAUGGAUUUGUGAGGAGCAGCCACUAUCAGCAGUGGAAUGUGUGUUUCCCAGUAUGUUUCUGCCGUUAGUAAUUUGUUGAACAUGAACUUAAUGUUCUUUAUUUCUUUGUUCCUUAAUAAUAGGUGUCUGACUAAAUUUAAGAAUCCAGGUUUUACUUCUAUGUAAUCUGGUUCUUUUUCUCAUUAGUUCAUUAUUCCCUAAUUUUUGAAUGUUUCGUGUCAGAAUGAGUAUUAAAGUAGGGUCUUUUAAAAACUGGUUAUUUAUUUUUAGUUAAAAUACAGCUAUUUUCACUCAAAGACAAUCUUAAGAUAACAUUGCUAAGUAUGAAACUAUGGUUUUAAACUUUCUCUUUUAUAAUUAUUGAGUUACUAUUGCACUGUGGAAGACAUUCCUAUGCAUGAUACAGUUAUGAGUUGUUGACAAAAGCGCAUAUAUUAACUAUAUAUUUACAUUGAAAGUUUAAGCAUCUAGUUCCUGUUUCCAGAAUGGAAUAAAAUAGAAAUAUGUUAUUGUUAUUAUUAUUGUUGUUGUUAUGUUUUGGUGGCACUGAGGAUUGAACUCAUGACCCUGUGCUUGCAAGCAGGCGCUUAUGCCACUGAGCUAAAUCCCUGGCCCAAUGUUAAUAUUAUUUAUGUUACAAAAUAAGUUAUUUUUAAAUACACAUGUACAAUGUAGAACUUGGAGGAGCUGAUCCCAAAUGUCUAAAUCUUACGUGUUGAAGCUUUUCAUUAAGAUUUUUUUUAGCAUUCUUUUGGAAUCAAGGAAUGCUAUUUUAAGAACCAUUUUCAAGUGACAGUUCCCACUGACAAUAGGUGUUGGUAUCUGGCUUCUACCCCUACCCCAUGCACGUAAUAUAUUUUGGAAGCAGUAUAACAUCCUUUCAACAACUUCCUCUUUCAAUAUGAGACGUACAAUAUGGGUGAAUGUGUGUGAUCCCUCCUAUCUGUGUGUUUACAGAGAGACCCACAAACUCAAUUACAUUAAUAAAAGGAAGAACUGGCAGAAACAUGUUUAAUCAGUGCCCUCCUCCAUUACCCUUUACUAUCCUUCAGUCUUAAUUGUCUCACCUCACGGAAGAUAUCAACACUAGACGCUUGUAAUCUAUUUGGUGCCAGGGUCGUGGGUUGCCAAUCUUUGUGUUUAUGGUACUUAGCAUAGUGGUUGGUCCUUUGCAGAAUUUUAAAAAUAUGUGAGUGAGAAUGCCUUUACGCAUUUAGUAUAUUCUAAAAACUAUUUUAAAUUUGUUUUUAUUGUAUGUAUUUAAGGUGUGCAACGUAUUUUGAAAUACAUAUACAUAGUGAAAAAAUUACAAUAGUCAAGCGAAUUAACACCCAGUUUCUUAACAAGUUUUUCAGUAUUUUAUCUCUAGUUAUCAUGCUGUUCCUCAGACAUUUAUAUUUACUCACCCUGCAUAAUUAUAACUUUGUGUUCUUUGACCUACACCUUAACUCCUAGAUCCUAAACAUGCAGUGUCAGGUUAGAUUCUACUUGUUAGAAUCCGUGUCAUGAGAAAAAGAGCUACACUUUAGUUAGACCAGUUUUAAUUUGCUAAUUGGAAGCCACAGCUAAUCUAUGGUUAUUCUUCUUAGUAGCAUUGUUUGGGCCCCUUAAAUAUUUGAAAAGAUAGAUGGCAAAACAGGUGAUGGGCUUCAGGCACAGGGAAUGUAUAUUCAAAUGUUUGACAUUUUUAAUGUUACUGAAUCCUCCAUGUUAAUCUGGGGGAAAAUUAUAGCUAAAUAACUAGUGAUAGUUUAGAAUGAUUCUUUUAUGGUGGUUAUUGUUUUAGUGGUGUUCAAUUCAAGAAUUGCAUCUUGUAAAAUGCCUAACAUUUUUGGACACAUGGGUGUAAUUCUGUUGAUGACUUUAAAUGUAUUCAGUGUCCAUAAGAUAAAGAUAAUUAAAAAAAAAAAAAAAACUCCCCGCAAUACUCAGAAAUAAGAUUCAAACAAAGAUAUUUAUUUGACCUGGUAUCUUAGGAUAAAUUUAAUGAUAGAAUCAGACUGCCUGUAAAAUUUGACUCAAUAUAAUAUAGACAAAUUGGUGAAAGUGGUACUAAAACACGGUUACACAUACAUAAAGAUUUUACAGAAAUAAAUUUGUGUUUAUUUACAUAUGAAUAGUGAAUGCCACUUGGAGGGACUGUUUUUUGCUUCUGGUACUGGAGAUUGAAUCCAGGACUUCAUGCAUGCUAGGGGAGCACUGUACAGCUUAGCUGCAUCCCCAGCACUAGGGGGACUUUUUAACAAAAGAUUCUGAAGUGGUACAACUUGAAUUCAUCUGGGAAAAACACUGGAUAAUAUUCAAGUGAGUUGUUUAGUGUUAUGCAAAUUUAGAUGUGGCUAGUAAAAUAAUACCUUCAGGACAGGUGCACUUAAAUUUGUGUCCCCUUGUUCAAAGCUUUUCAUGUAAUAGGCAUUUCGUAACUUGUGCUUGGAUACAUUAUCUCUUGUGUGAACAGCUGCAAACAUUCGCAAAUCAUAACUGCACAACUAUAUAUUUUUUCAUUUUUAUAGUAAACCACAGUCAUUUACAAUUUUUGAAGGAAAUUGUUAACUCUUGUAUGCGCAGCUAUGUCAGGUACUAACUAGAUACAAAAAGAUAUUUUUGUUUUGGUACGGGAAUCGAACUCACAACCUUGUGCUUUCCAUGCAGGCACUUACACCACUGAGCUAAAUCCCUGGCCCUAAAAGAUAUUUCUGAAUGACAAAAUAAAGUUAUUCAUCAAAGAUAUUAUGUUUAGCGACUUGUUUUGCUUUACAGUAAAAAUUAUAAGGUCCUCAAUAGAGAUUUCUUUGGAUAAAAUUACUUAUUCUCCUGAAGGAGACUUCUGUGCCUUUGGAUCAGGUUUUGUUCACAAACUACAGUAAACAAUAUUUGAGAUGAAGCAAAAUGUUCUCAUAAUGUAGUUUUCCAAAAUAAUGUUUCUUUUUCUCCCUUUCUUGUUUUUAAGUAAGCACUUUUUCCCCCUGAAGGUUACUAGACGAUAACAAGUAGCAGUGUAGCGUUUGUCUGAGGAAUCUGAACCAAGGUGACUAUUUAUCGCUAAUGGAGGAUGACAACGACGGAUUUAAGAAGUCUUCCCCCAUAUUGUCUCCAGCACAAAAACCUUCCGCCUGCAGCUUUCAGCUUGUAUCACCACUUCUAAAGGAUCCAUGGGCAAACUGCUGAAUUUUUAUUCAUCAGCUUAACUUAAUGAGAUGAAAAGACCUUUUCAAAAGAAUGGAGAAGGGAGAGAGAUACUGAGCACUAGUCUAAUUCUUUUCCAUGGAAAAAAGAAAAAAAAAACAUUUUCUUCCCUGAUGUUUCAAGGAAGCCACAUUCAGUUGUUUCCAGAUUCCAGAGGGGUGACUACCACAUUGAUGUCUGUAUCAAUGACUACCUGGAUGUUUUCUGCCCUCACUAUGAGGACUCCGUUCCAGAAGAUAAGACUGAACGCUAUGUCCUCUACAUGGUGAACUUUGAUGGCUACAGUGCCUGCGACCACACUUCCAAAGGGUUCAAAAGAUGGGAAUGUAACCGGCCCCACUCCCCAAAUGGACCGCUGAAGUUCUCUGAAAAAUUCCAGCUCUUCACUCCUUUUUCGCUAGGAUUUGAAUUCAGGCCAGGCCGAGAGUACUUCUACAUCUCCUCUGCAAUUCCAGAUAAUGGAAGAAGGUCCUGCCUAAAGCUCAAAGUCUUUGUGAGACCAACAAAUAGCUGUAUGAAAACUAUAGGUGUUCAUGAUCGUGUUUUCGAUGUUAACGACAAAGUAGAAAAUUCAUUAGAACCAGCAGAUGACACCGUACAUGAGUCAGCCGAGCCAUCCCGCGGCGAGAACGCGGCACAAACACCAAGGAUACCCAGCCGCCUUUUGGCAAUCCUACUGUUCCUCCUGGCGAUGCUUUUGACAUUAUAGCACAGUCUUCUCUCGUCACCUGUCACAGAAAACAUCAGGGUCUUGGAACACCAGAGAUCCACCUAACUGCUCAUCCUAAGAAGGGACUUGUUAUUGGGUUUUGGCAGAUGUCAGAUUUUUGUUUUCUUUCCUUUGGCCUGAAUUCUAAGCAACAACUUGGGGUUGGGGGGCUAAACUAGUCGCUACCUCCCUUACCCCAUCCCACUUCCCAGCCCUUGCCCUCGACUUCUCUCACCCCCUCCAAAUUAAAUGGACCCCAGAUGAAAAUGCCAAAUUGUCGUCGUGACACCAGUGGUUCGCCAGCUCCUGUGCAUUCUCCUCUAAGAGCUCACCUCCGGUGGUGCACUGUGUUGGCGGGACAUGGACAAGGAAGAGUGGCAGAUGCAUCCAGUGAUGGCCAGGCCCAGGGGGUUCACUCUCCUAUACAAUAUUUAUGCCUUCUCAUUCAGGACUGUAAGAUGAUCGUGCAGGGCAUCGUGUCACCAUGUCAGGGCCAGAGGGGAGGUAUUAAGAAUAGAUAUAAUAUUACACCAUUUCCUCUAGGAGUGUAUAAAUGAACAGGCUUCUAAAAGGUUGAGACACUGGGGUUUUUUUAAUAUGACUGUCUUAAAGCAUUCUUGACAGCAAAACUUGUGCUCUGUAAAAGAAGCCUUUUCCCCCUCCAGGAGGCAGGUUGGGUACAGGAAUGCUAACACAGAGCUAGUGUAGAAACAGAGAAACUUCUAUGUUUUGUGGGGGUGUGUAUGUGUGAGUGCCUCUAGGGUUUUUUGUUUUGUUUUUUUGUGACUGAACAGUGCACACUAGAUUUUUUUUUCUUUAAAUACAGAUCACCAUGGUGCUACAACCUUUUUUUUUUUUUUUUUAAACUCAAAGAGGCAUUUUUAUGAAUAAAGUGACCUUCCCCAAGGCUGACAAGCCAGGGUUGAUGAGUGUAGAGAGAAAUAGCUUUGGCCGCUCCUCUGGGGGACGAUGUGUACCAAGGAAAGAAAGUCAGUGGCCAGAGGAGAUGUGACUUGGCUUUGCUGAAGCGCCAGUGUGCUGUGGCCUUUUGACUCCCACCCCAAUGCCCACGUUUUGCUCCACAGGGGCUCCGAUACAAACCCCUGUCACUAGCAGAGUCAGUCAGCACUACUUGGGAGGGCUAAAGGGAAAUUUGGAAUAAAAAUUCCAAAGUUUGGAAUAAAAAAAAAUUCAAGUGUUGAUUUUAUAUUCUUUCCCUUUCUGACACAGCCUAAAGCGUAGGGGGAACAUGUGUUUAUCUGUGGGAGAUAAACAAGAUGGAGUCCCAAAGACUUUAACAAAAUAUUUUUUUAAAAAUCCACUAGAAUAGAAAAUACAUUAUUUAGAUAUACUUUAUGCUGAGAGUGAGUAUAUAUGCUUGUCCUAUUUAAACAUGUGAGAAAAAGUGGUAUCCCUUGAUACAUUUAGAAAUACAGGGGGGCUAUCGUUUCAUGUGGGGUGGGGCAGAAGGAGAAUAAACAUAGGAUGGCCCUGUUUAAGGAAUUUUAGCACGGCCAUCAGGGGACAUUUCCAGUUGAUUACCAGGAAAUGCAAGCCUUGGGGUUUCUACUAGUGGGGCUCUCAUGAACUUUAAACUCCAAAGCCGAGGCAGGGAAAAGUGUCAGACCAAUGGAAAAGCGAUCUAGCCUUUUUUGCUAUUGCACGACAUGUCAAUAGGAACAAUGCCUUUCAAAGUAAGUAAAUCAAUAAAUGCAAUGAUCAUGUAAAAUGUGAAAAAGUUGAAAGCAUUCCAGCGAAAUAAGAAUUUUUUUAUAUAUUCGUUUUUUAAGAUGUAUAUGUAAAAAAAGGGGGGGUCAUAUUAUGAACAGACUUCAUGAAUGGAAAGUUGCUUAGAAUUGUGAGUAGUUUUGAAUUAGAAAAAUAUGUGAGUGAAAGGCAGCUGUAAAUGUACUGCACCCUAGAGAGUUGUACACAUGUUGAAAUGUAAUCUGGGCUUACCUGAUCUGUUUGGAGUAGAUGUUACUACUGAGUCUGUUCUCACAUGGAACCAUGAGAGUGGGGUUGCCAGCCUCACAGAUAUAAACAACCCUUUUCCCCUGAUGUCAGAAGCUUUUCUGGAGUGGCAGAGUCUUUCACAGAAGGCACCCAGCAUUUCAUUGAAACAACCGAUCACAGCAUCCGAUUCCUUUUCCCUUUCACUAUUUAAAUGCUCACUACGCCCUGUUAUAUGCAGAAAUACUCUUGUUUUUAUUACUAGUUACAAGCUUGUUGGUCCAGUAGGAUUUGAGUAGGGGGAAAAAAAGAUACCUUCUAAAAUGGAUCAAUAGUCAGAAACAAAUAAUACUGCAUGUUCUAUAACCAAGGAAAUCAAAUGAUCCUUUAAUGAUUGCAGUUAGUCAUAACUACAUUAGCAGUGCUAAUUUCAUUUUAGAAAUGGUGACUUCUGUGGUUUUUCUAGCAUUUGUCUCUAACAAAUGAUAAAAUAAUUACUCAUGGCCCUCUUUGCCAUUGUCUUUCAUUUUUCAUGGGGAAAUUAGACCCUUUUAUUUCACCAUUGUUCCACCACAAAUGAAGUAAAACAAACAAACAAAAAUUAGCAAGACUAUCCAGUAGACAGUAUGCUUCUCUACCUGUAAGUGACGUAGUCAUAGCUAAUGCUCUUGCCUUGAAGUUUUCAAGAAGAUGAUUGAUGCCAGGCAGUUUUCAUCUUGUCCAAAAAAGUGCUGGUGGCCUUUUGUGGUGGUGUUUCAAUCCUCUGGGGGAAUAGGAGGAUGUCGAUGCAACUUUGUAGCAGCUUGUAGUUUAAAAAGCAAUUGUAAAGCUUAAAGGGCUGCCAUUGCUGGCCCUCCGCCUCAGCUGGUCAAACCCCAGUGACCUUUGCCCCUGGUUGCCUAGGGCUUUGCUACACCAAGCAGGGAAAUAAGGAUCUGUCUGUUUAGUGGAUACCGUGUAUCCUUUAAUAGACCAGGUAACAGUUCGUGUUAGUUUAGACUAUUGUUUUGUACUGUACUUCUUGGGUGGCAGAGGAAAGAAAAGUAAACAUUAAAAAAAAAAAACCUGCGUUCUUUAAAUUCUGUAUUAUUAGCAACCUCUGUUGUAUAUAGUGUUUGAUAAUAAAGUAUUAAUUUGAUUCUUAUGUCUUUUGUAAGUGAGAACAAUAGACUUUCAGGAUACAAAACAUGCAUUGAGGCUUUGAAACAUCCAAUGUGUCCAUGACUGAGAAAAGUCACAAAUGGCUAAGACACUGCUCCAUACGGGACUCAUGCGUGGUCAUCGCCCACCCAAUCCUAAGACUCCAUCAUCUUGCGACCUGGAACAACACGACUUUUUUGAUCAAUAUUGUGUCCUCAAUGUUCUCAAGGUCCAAUGUUGGAGCCCUGUGAUCCUUCCUUACCUUACGCAUGUGGUGUGAAAACAAGGUUUAGAGAAUGUAGUAACGGUUCUGUACUUUGGUUGCUUUUCUGUUUGUGGUUGUUUCAUGGACUGUUUUAUUUUCCCCAUCCAGUAAGUCUCUUCAGUACGCAGUGCAGCCCAGGCACAGUAAUGGCUGCACAUCGAUCGCUUAGGAAGGUUAAACGGGGGCCUGUCCCCAUCCUGUGUCGUUGUGAAGGGAAGAGUCACGCAGUACCUGUGGAUUUUCAGGGACUCUGUUUUUCUCCGGUGCCUUAGCAACGGCUGCAACCAUUUUAUUUGUCUUUAAAAAAAUUAGGGGAAAAAAGUUUUAAGUUUUUCCUUCCAUUCAUUGCUCUCCAAGUUGUGGUCACUGGCUUUUCUUUUGAAAACACCCCUGCUCCCAUUUGCCCACUCCCCCUUGACUUUUUAUGUUUAUUUUGGUCUUUUUGUCUCUCGCCUCCUUCUCACGUUUCCUUUUCUCUCAGAGCCGUGAAUGGGCAGGUCUGUCUCUGGUUUGGCAUCACUGAGCUUUUCCCAUGCGUUUGCCCCAGAGCUGCUCGGGUGUGAGACAAAUCUCCCUACAAUGGGCUUGCUCCCAUUGUCUGUACAGUUUAAUAGAUGCUGGCAUGCUGGAGGUUACCCAUGAGUCAAAUCCGCUUUCCAUGCUUACUCUUGACACCUCAUUGAAGCCACUCACUGUGUGUGUGUCUGGUGUGGAGUCCAGCUCCAUGUGGUCCUGUGCUUGUACUGCCCUGCUGUGCAGUUCCUUCGCACUUACUCAUCGAGUGCUGUUUUGAAAUGCUGACAUUAUAUAAACGUAACAGAAAAUGUAAAAAAAGAAAGAAAAAAACCCACACGCAAACUCAUACAAUCUGUAUUUGUAUAUACACGUGUCCGUACAAGUAUACCUAAAUAAAAACGAAAGAUUUUCACCAUUUUAA